UUAACAAAUUUAUUUAGACAUAUAAAUAUUGCACGUAUUUUUUAUAAAUUGAGUCAAAUUUGCGCGAAAACUUAAAACGACAUUUUUUUUAGACGGAGAGAGUAGUUGUGUAGACAUGGUGAAGACAGCCACAUGGGGUGAAGGGGAUAUUUUCAAGGUCCUGCGCAGGCAUCCCCCACUCGUGGACUCUCACUAACCUCCUCGCAACUGCUGAGACAUGCCUUUGGAAAUUGUCUCAUCCUACUUGCUCACAUGGGUCUAGAGUCAAGUCAACUCCCUCUCUCUUAUCCAGAUCCCAUCAGGCUGGAUCAUAUACAAUCUCAAAGCGUAGUAGCACCCCCCCCCCAAUCUUGCCAGCAAUCAAAGCCCGUUCAUCUGGUUCUUCGAUCUCGAUCUCCCCAGGUUGGAUCCCUCAAGUUCCCUGCUCCAGGAAUGGCCAGCAAGUCGAGUUUUUUGAACACCUUGCCGACUAACUCACCAGCACAGUUUCUGAAUGGUAUCACGGAUGGGUUCUCUGAUGCGCAAAAGCUUGGUGAAGGUGCAUUUGGAACUGUUUAUAAGGGCAUUCUGCAAGAUGGGGAGCCAAUUGCUGUGAAGAAGCUUGCAGAUAACGCCCCAGUGGCACCUGAGAAACAGUUCAAGAUUGGGGUUGGGAAUCUUAUGGCCAUGCAGCAUCCGAAUAUAGUGAGGUUACUCGGCUCCUGCCGUGAACCGCAGAAGAAAGUGAUCGAGCAUAGUGGAAGAUACAUUAUGGUAGAUGUGGUUGAGAGCUUACUCUACUAUGAAUAUAUUCCUAACGGAAACCUUGACAAGUAUAUUUCCGAUACAUCUUUAAGACCUGAUUGGAAGACAUGCUUUGAGAUAAUCAAAGGCAUCUGCCAGGGCUUACUCUAUCUACAUAAGAAAAUGGAUAGACCAAUUGUUCAUUUGGAUCUUCAUCCUACCAACAUAUUGUUGGAUGAGAACAUGGUGCCAAAAAUCACGGAUUUCGGCCUAUCAAGACUCUUCGGAGAAGAACAAACCCGAAUAAACACAAUAAAUGUCGUGGGAAAAAAAGGGUACAUGGCUCCAGAAUAUCUAUAUAGGGGUGAAAUUUCAACGCGGUCAGAUAUAUAUAGCUUAGGUGUAGUAAUCAUGGAGUUCACAACAGGCGAGAAGAGUUGUUCAAGCGACAAAGAUAUGUCUGCAAUGGACUUUGUGGAUAAGGUGUGUGAAACGUGGACAGAUGAGCAUAUUGCAUCCAAGCACUCAGCACUAGAUGCAGGAAGCCUCCAGGAGGUAAGAACAUGCAUUAAAAUUGGGCUAAAAUGUGUGGAUAUUGAUCAGAACAAGAGACCUUCUAUAGUUGAAAUUGUUGACGAGCUCAAUGGAAGGCGUGCUCACUGAAUGGUGAACUAGUGCAUACUAUGCAAGUGAAAAAUCUGUUGCAGACCCAUGGCGAUUUGCUCUAGAUGGAAUCAUGGACAGAAUAAUUGUAUCAGUUACCAAUUAUGUUCUUUUGAAUAGAGUGUUGUGUCAUGGACCGAAAAAGCAGGUCAAUCCCGUCCAAUUCGUUUUGGAGAAACCGGCUUGACCCGCAUCUAAGGGGUAUAUUACCUACUAGUGGUGUUGCGCGCGCCUUGGCGCGCCCGCGGUAUUCUCGUGGAUAAGGAGGACGGCUGGCUUUAACGUAAAGUAUUCAGAGAUACGAAAUGGUUAUAGUAGAGCCUUAUAAUAUUUCUGAAUGUAUUUGAACUAUAUAUGGUGUGGCUUUAUUAUUUGGGGCUUUCGUUUUAACUAAUUAAUAAAGUAAGUGAGCAUCAAUACGAAGUA